UCCUCCAGUGAACCUAAUUUUGUUCAUGUUUAAAAAACUUUUUAGAAAAUAGGCAUUCUAAGCGAAACUUGCCUAAAUUUGACCUUUGGAGUAUUAUCUUCAGAAAAACACGUCUUAUCAAAGCAAAUAACUGCUCAAGUUGCAGAUAACCUGUGUAUAAUCGAUGCAAAGCAGUCUUACGUAAAGCAUCAAAAUGGUUGGGAGAACAAAGCCGGAGCACUUGAAUAUCGAGCAGUUUGGUACGGUUCGUCAAAUUACCAUUACAAACCCUCGAAAGAAGAAUGCGAUCAACUUGCAAGCAUACCGUGAUCUGGCAGAUCAGAUAAAUGCGGCCGAUCGGGAUGAUAGUGUGACGGUUCUGGUGCUAACCGGAGCCGGAGAUUUUUACAGUUCUGGCAAUGACAUAAGUGCGCUACUGACAAGUGAACAAUCUAUGGAACAGCGACUUGAGUCUUCCCAUGCGUCUUUGUCACGGAUGGUUGAGGCAUUUUAUUCGUUCAGUAAAUUGUUAGUCGGAGUUAUAAAUGGACCGGCAAUCGGAAUUGCUGCCACUACCGCUUUGUUAUGUGAUGUUCUUUAUAUGGAAGAAAAUGCCUAUUUUUAUACACCUUUCUCAGCUCUAGGCCUUUGCGCAGAAGGCUGUUCUUCGUAUACGUUCCCUAAGCUCAUGGGAACAAGUAAGGCAUCCGAAAUGUUACUACUGAACCAUAGAAUGAAUGCUCAGGAAGCACUGCAAUUCAACGUAGUCGCCGAACUUUUCAAACGGGAGGACUUUGAGCGAAAGCUAUGGCCACGUAUUCUACAGUAUGGUUCCCUUCCGGUCGGAUCGAUCAAAGCUACGAAACAAUUGAUGAAGAGAUUUGAUGUGGAAAAACUAGAGCAAGCAAACAAAGCAGAACUAAAGGCACUAGGCAAACGAUGGGAGACUGAAGAAGCUAUGCAGGCAAUAAUGAAUUUUAUGACUCGUAAAAGUAAAAUGUAAAUUCGAAACGUACUAAUUUGGAGUUUCGUGCAAGUUCCUUUUCUCGAUAGUAGUAGACUAAUGGAUGAGGGCUGCAAUAUUAUCGGUUUCAAGAACGCAUUUAUCUAUCAAACAAUUGGUUAAAGAAUUAUUCUAAACAAAUA